UCCACUGUGAGAAGGGUCUGUUAUCAAUGUUCUGGUGGUUAUUAUCCUAGCAGUCUCUUUCCUCAGUAUCACAUCAGUUUAAUACGGAAUACGAAAUAGGAGAACAAGUCCAAGUAAAAUGUUCACAGGUGCAGAAACAAGUUGGUUCCUAACUCUUACCCCUAGCGAACGUUAGCUAAAUGGAGCCGGAACGAACCCUGGGCAAAACGAUGCGCUCUCGUCAACACAACACCAGCGUCAAUCAUAGAUGGGUGUAUCUCACCCCCAUGGUCAACAGCUGCAAGUUGCACCUUACAACUGUCAAAUCACUAGUACCAGAAAGAUCCCAGAGGAUGUCUGUCUCUCAAGAUAUUGUAAAAGAAACAAACAUGAAUUCCGCCCAAACAAUGAGUAAUUCUAACCCAGAAAACAAGGUGCAUGCAUGUAGCCAAAGAAGAUUUGGCCAGACACCUCCACUGCCAUCAUUUGCCAGUGACUCUCCAGAUUGUCCUGCACACAAUCUAGUACCACUAGUGGGCGGUGCUGAGAGUGGUUUGGCUGCAGUUUCACAUGCUGCACAAGAAGCAAGAGACAAAUCUAAGAGACCAACACAAAGUGCAGGGGCCGCUUACUACCAUAAUGUCUUAAACCUUCUCAAGCCAGCAGGUGGUUCUGGAGGAUAUAAGUACAACGCUGUUCCUGGCUUUCCCUUCUCUCGGUUGCCUUGUGAUAGUUUUGCAUCCGAUUUUCAACGAAUUGACUUGGACAGGCGCUUUUUGGAGGUAUGUCCCCAGCUGGGCAUUAUGGAAGAACUGCAACUUCUUAACCUCCAGCACAAUCUAAUCACAAGGAUCCAGCAUUUGUCACAUCUGCGACAGCUUGUUUUCCUGAACUUGUAUGACAAUCACAUCUCUGAGAUGACUGGCAUUGAAACUCUAAGCUCUCUUAGGAUCCUUUUGCUGGGGAAGAACAGAAUCCAGAAGAUAUGCUGCCUGGAAAGCAUGUCCAAACUGAAUAUCCUGGAUUUGCACGACAAUCAGAUCUGCGAGAUAGAAAACAUUUCUCACCUGAGUGAGCUGCGAGUGUUGAACCUGGCGGGAAACAGCAUCUCCAGAAUAGAAAAUCUGCAGACCCUGGACUGUUUGACUGAACUCAACCUUAGGCACAACUUCAUCUCUUUUGUGACUGAGGUGGACCGCCUGCCCUGCUUGCAGCGCCUCUUUCUCAGUUGCAACAACAUCACCAGUUUUGAUCAGCUAGCCUGCCUUGGAGAGUCACGCUCCCUGUCUGAGCUCACCCUGGAUGGGAAUCCUGUAGCCCUGGAGACAUGGUACAAGCAGGCUGUCCUGCGCUGUGUGCUUCAUCUGAGACAGCUGGACAUGAAGCGCAUCACAGACGAGGAUCGGCGCAUGGCUGGUGUACAAGCACGAAAAGAGGAGGAGAAGAAAAGGGAGAGUCACAAGCAGACCAUUCAUAAGGAGAAGCGGCGUCUGGCCAUCCGUAACGCAGCGCAGCAGUGGGAGGGUGUCAGGGCCUGCCUGGAGCUGCCACCAACAAAUGGUGCAAAAGAAGAAAUCAGUCCAGAUAACAGCCCUGCCCAUAGCCCUGCCCAGACCAAUGGCCUCACACAGGAGCCUUCUCCAGAUGAGCCAAGACGGGUAAGCCCGGGUUCAGGACCAGAGCGACCAUCAGGGGGAACGGAGAGCAGAAUCCGCACCAACAGCCGUCCAAACAGCCCACGAGAUCCCAAGCUUGCGGAGGCAGGGAGUGGCAGUGUUCAGAGCUUGUCCCUGUCUGACAGUCACCUGGCGGAGCUGGAUGGAGACACCUUGCGUUUAUUUGGACUCGGAGCCCUGGAGGCCCUGGAGAGGGGUUGGGGAGUUCAGACGGCUGGUGCCGUCACUGUAAUAACCUUCCGCUAUAUCAGCUUUGAUGCCAUUGUACCGACACUGCCACGAAUAAGGGUCAAGUUCCCAAAUCUUUCGCACUUGAUCUUCAUGGAAACCAACAUUAGCCGUCUGCCGCAGCUGGCAGCUCUGGCUCAGGUGAGGCGCCUGGACCAGCUAACCAUCCACCCAGAGGGCAACCCGGUGGUCAGUCUGGCUCUGUGGCGUUCCUUUGCCAUCUAUCGCCUACACCACUUCAACCUGCAGAGAAUCAAUGGCCAGGAGGUGACCAUGAAUGAUGUGAUCGCUGCAGUGCGUGUGUUUGGAACUUUGGGUCAUAUAGCAGCCACCGAAACUCCACGUUGCCGGCUCCUGCUGCUGCUGGAGGAGUCGAGGAAGCGUCAGCUGCAAUUCCUGUUGGAGGGGCGUGGCCGGCGGGCAGGGCUGAGUCCAGAGGAGCUGCGAGACAACGGAAAGCUCCUGGGAGAAGGCCUUAGCAGAGCGCUGUUCAACUAUCCAAGCAGAGACUGCAGCGCAGAGAGCCCUGAGGAGGGCACUGUGGAGUCGUCGGAGCGCGCUGCCAUGAUAGAGCAGUACCUCCAAGAGUUGGUUGAAAGGGCAUCUGACACGAAUCUGAAGGGCGAGGCUCUUCACAAGCUUUGGCCGUCAAUGUUUGCGGAGAUGGUGAGAGACUGUGUGUUGGAGAUGAGGGACCGAGCGGCCUUCCGCCAAGCCAGCCUCGCAAAGCUCUCUGAGAACAAGUGAGGACCAAAGGUUCACUCUUAGACCCCCCCACCACCACCACCACCACCACCACCACCACCACAUAUGUACACAUGUGGACAUAGUUUUCCCAGGGGCUUCCACUGCUCAGUCUCAAACACCAUCUAUAAAACAUCAUCACUUAUUGACUUUAUCGGUUAUUAAAAUCUUUGGAAACUUAAGGGUGAAUUUCCCCAGUGUCUGGGAAACUCUUUCCUAAGAUGGAUGUAAACUUUUAAAGAAAGUGUCAAUAUAGAAAGUCUCAAGAAACUGUCAUGACAAAGGCGUCUUGAUUGAAUGUAGAUUUUCACUGUAAACACACUGUCUGAUUCUUCAGUGCUUGGAGCUGUAACAUACUUGAAGAAAGUUAAAGGGACUUAUAAACUCACAGUGCAUUGUGCUCCCUUCGGAGCAUCCUCUGCACUUAAAAAGCCUUCUGAAUGAACACUGUUCACCAUUACCGUCAUCAGCUGAAAAUGACCGUUGUCUCUUCUCUAGAGACUAGAAUGAUUUUUCUGUGUCUUAAAUCUUGUUUCAUGCAUCAAUCUCACACUUUCUGCUGCCUGACAUAAAUGGAAGGGCACAAACAAGGACAAUGACUUUUCUUUGUUUACCACUUAUUUUCUGUAUUG